AUGGGCACCUGUCAGCAGAUCGAGACAUACCCCGGGAUGGUGCUGCCGAUUGGUGCUGGCUACACUCUGAACUAUGCCGGCGAGGUACAAAAAAAUAGUAUCAGAUGGGCGUAUUUCAAAGAGGACUUCACAAGCGUUGGACCGAAUGCGAAUCUUGGGGACGCAAGGACCAGGUUGUCGCAAGAGACGUGGUUCACCUUCACAGAUUGCCGGUACAGAUACAAGGGCGGCACUUGGGGUGUGUUCAGAGGUGUAUGGGCUAGAGCUGGCCAGUCGGAUCCUCGCGAGCCCAGAUCGAAGCGCACCCGUGAGAAGUUGCAGUAUGUUGGCGGCCGCCUGCGAGAUAGAGCACCUCUAUGGCUAUGGGACGAGGCUCACAGCUCAAAGAUGCCCGUUCUUGGGAGAGGAUUGAGCGUCUCGCCCCCUGCAUCACCACGCACAGCGAGAGGUAGCGGACGGCUGCGUCAACGUGACCAUGAGGGGCAGAAAGAUUACCGAUACUACUCUCCCGCCAAACCUCGCAAGCCGUCCUUGCCUGCACGUCGCAAAUCGAACCUCGACCAGCGUCCAUCAAUUCCAUAUCGACCCGAUAGGCGCCGUAGGAACUAUGAUGAGGAUGAUGAGUCCGAGGAGCUGCGGUCUGAGCCAAAUUCUGCUACUUGCUCCGACUACGCGUCCACAUCGGAGUACAUGACUGAUUAUCCUUCCGAUGAUGAUUCGGAUUCCGUGGUCACAUAUGAGGACAGAAGCCCUCUUUCUACUCCAAGAUCAGCACUGCAGAGGGAAAAUUCGAGACACGACGUACACAUGGAGAAGGAUCGUUCGAGCAGGCUCGAGCGUCGAACGCCGAGGAGGCGUAGCAUACGGCAGAGGCUCAACGAGAAGGCGGAGAUUCCGGCGGCUCGUCAAAAGUUCGGGGUCACCGCCAUGCUCCAGGGUCUCGAAGAGACGGAAGGAGUAGACCACACAGGGCUGAAAAUUCUCGCAGGAGUUCGCAAGAUGGAAGAUGAGUGA